GUACUAUUACAACCUUUUCUGCACACGAGUUCCGGUUUUUUUCUUAGAGCGGAGUUUGCUCUUGUGGUCUUUGAUUUCAACAUGCAACUUGAAACGACUGAUUCUACGAUAAAAGAAAAUGAUCAAGUCAUAAUUAAAAAGGAAGAGCACUUGAAAGUAAUGCAAGUGAGGAAAAAUAGACCUUUCUGGAUGGAGAAAAUUAAAUUCACAUUAAAUGGUUUGAUUGGACAACCCUAUGGCACUACAUUUGAAGUGAAGAAUGGUCAAAUGGUGAGGCUUAGUAGAAAAAGUUCGGAAGAAGAAAAAGAUGCUGAUGGAACUAGUGGUAUUGACAACAGAAAUCUUAAUGACUGCCGUUCAAACCAAAAGCUUUCCAGAGAAGAAAUCUAUAAGAUGAAGAAAGAGGGAGUCAGUGGAGAGAGCAUAGUGGAGACUCUUGUUGAGAACAGUUCAACAUUCAGGACAAAGACUGAAUUUGCUCAGGAAAAAUAUAUCAAAAAGAAGAAGAAAAAACAUUUAAAUGUGUUUACCGUUUUGAAGCCCACCACCAGACUUCUCUGUGAGAUGCACUACAAUAAAGGACCCUCAAAAAUAUGCAAUCUAAGAGUGGACUCUCUGUCCCAGAUGUUGGUCUAUGGUAAUGUGCGUGCUCACAGUAAGCUGAUGGUGGUAGAGACAUGUGGAGGGUUGGUACUAGGGGCAGUCAUGGAGAAAAUGGGAGGUUAUGGAACUGUGGUUCAGCUAUAUACAGGUACAGCACCAGUUAGGCAGACUCUAGAAGCAUACAAUUUCCCACAACAUUUUUAUGACAGUCUUCAUGCAUUCCCAUUAAACAAGGUUAACUGUCUUGAGGAAGGGGAAAUAAUAAGGCAGCAUAAUAAGAAUAUUUCUGAAGUUCAAGUGAAAACAGAGCCAUUGUUACUUGGGAAUUAUGGAGGAAAAACAUCAGAACAAAAUAUAGAAGACAUAUCAGACGUACCAAAGGAGGGUGUUUCAGAAUUUGAACUGAAAAAGGAAGAAACUGAAGAAGAUACAGUCACUGAAAAUGAAAAUGGACUUUCUAGUGACAGAGACGUAAGCAAAGAAAGUGAAACACAAAAUGAGGAAAAUCAAGAAGGGAAAGGUGCUAUAUCAUGUCAGCAGAUUGCCAAAAGAAAACUGGAGGAAGAAAGAAAUGCAAAGAGACAAUUAAAGCAGCAGCAUUUAGAGAAAUCCAGGCAAAUUUUGCUGGAGAGAAAUAUGGAUGGACUCUUGGUGGCCUGUAAACUCAACCCAACCCCUAUAGUAAUGAGCCUAAUGGAGUAUGUGGCGCCAUCUAGACCUAUUGUUGUCUACUGUCAGUACCAGGAGCCUCUCAUGGAAUGUUUUGUAAAGCUAAGGCAGAGGGGAGGAGUGGUACAUCUGACACUGACAGAGACAUGGCUUAGGGAAUAUCAGGUCCUACCUGGAAGAACUCGUCCAAAUAUUAACAUGUCUGGUACUGGUGGAUAUCUGCUAACAGGAACCACAGUGAUUGUGUAGUCCAAGCAGUGACCAGAUUCAAGAAGACACAAAAUUAGUUUUUUGAAAAGAUGAUUCCUAAAGGCACUACUCCUAACUGAAAGAAAGCAGCAGACUGAUUAAUUUGGCAGCUAUCAUUCAGUAGGAUGUUGUGCCUUACAGUGCUGUAUUUCGGGAUGCACGUAGUGUCUGCAGAGGCCAGUUGCUUUACCAGUGACUGCUAUGGGUGGGGAUGCAUACAGAUACUGUCUACAGAUGGUUAGUUGCUUUACUGAGGACUGCUGUGGCCUGUGAGCAGGAAUACUGUAAAAAGUGCCAGAAUAUAGCGAAUUGUUACACCAUUAAAUUGCUGUUGACAAGAGUAUACAUUUAAACACUGUCUGCAGAUAGAUAAUACUGAAACUGCUGGUCUUGCUUAGGUGAGAAGUACAUAUCAAUUAAACUGUAACGGUUUUUAUUGAAAUGGACACUUAUGUAUCAUGGAAGUUUAGGGUUUGACAUUUGAAGUUGGCAAGCUUUUUCUUGUUCAAAUUUCUACAUAAGUGAAUGAAGUGUAGUGUCUCACUGACAUGUGGAAUUGAAAAUGAAGAUGCUGGCUCACAGAACUAAAGCUCAGCUUAGGGAUUGACUUUGGCUGGGUGUAUUUCUCCUUUUUCUAUGGAAUUGUUAAUCUUUAAAUUUUAUCAUAUCCCUUUGUUUCUGGCACGAUUUACACUUGAAAUUGUGCAGAAAACAUCACAUGAAAUUCAGGCCUGUAGACAGGGUAGGUCUGAAGGAGCCACCCUUUCUGCUUAGAAAAGGUCCUAGGUUUUAUGGUGAAAGGUCCACUUUUUCUGAAAAAGACCCCUCCCCCCUUUUGAAGCCCCUGGCUAUGAUACACUUGUUAAUAGAUUAGUUACCACAGAUCAUCAGGGGGGUAAAAUUGGCACAAUAAGAACACUGCACAAACAAGAAAAAUGGUUUUAUUAAUUUAAAGAAUCUGUCAGACUGAAAUCACCUCAUAGAAAAUAGUUGUUGGGACACUUCUUUUGAAUACAAAGUUCAAUAUGAACCACCUGCAUUUUACAAAAUUUUCUAAAACAGACUUGCUAUAAUAAUAUGGCACAAAUGAAGAGCAAUAAUACUGAAAAAAGAAAUUCACAAUUGAAUAAACACUCAAAAAGCAAGACAUUUUGAUUAUAUUACUGUUAAUAAAAGCUUGGAAGCAUAACUUUCAUAUUACUCUGAUACUUGAAUAUAAAAGGAUGCUUAAAUGUCCCACUAUCAGACAUUUU